AUGUACCCGGAGGAUGUGACCAUUCCGAGUGAAGAGAUGGGUGAAUUCUAUGCCAAGAUGGGCUUCCAAGGGGUGCGCCCUGAUGAGGCGGGCAAAGCCUUCCACAUCAGCUGCAUGUUCCCAGUGAGCGACUUGGCUCAGAUCCCCGACCCACUGGAUGAUCGAAAUUGGAACUGGCACGAGUCCGACAAAUACAUCAACGCCAUCCUGCGCGCCGGUCUGGCGCCGUUCCUGAAGAUCCCAGUGUUGUCUUGGCAGUCCACGCGUCUCACAGGGCUUGCCUACUGGGACGAGACUUUGCAAGAGACAGUGCAGAAGAUCCCUCCGGUGAACUAUGACAACUGCGCCCCCUGGCCCAGCGUCUCUGGCGUGAUCAACCAGGUUGGCCCUCAGCUGGUCAUGAAGAUUGUGGAGCGUUACAAUGACUUCAACAAAUUCCCCGUGCCCGGUCGUCCUGGCCAGGGUGCAUUGGUCCAUCCGGUGGUAAAACCGGAUUCCUUGUUCAGUCUCCAAUCGGCUGCGAUCGGUCCCGGCCAGAUGCACCAGGCGAAAUCAGACAAAGGCACCUUCAAAGGCUUCAAUGGCGUGGAGCUCAUGAACGAGUGGCAGAUGAUGACCUGCUUCCCCAGCAGCGUUUUCAUUCCGGGCUCCUCCUUGUGCGAUCAGGAGGUGACCGAUCAGAUUUAUGCCGAUUACUGCUUCGCGAAGCCCUACCAGUGGAGCUCCCGCUAUUGGGACGGCACUCCGGAGGCUGCCUGGGCCUUCUAUGCCAACAGUGCCAAGGCGUUGAAGGAGAACCCCAAGACCCAGAAGGUCCGCGUGGGAGGCCCUGCGACUGGAACCAGUUCAUCCUUUUGGCCUUGCCAGGUGUUCGAAGGCAUCGCGAAGAAAUGGGUGGUGGGCUUUCUAAACGAAAUCAAACGUGUUGGAGCCCCGUUGGACUUCUUCAGCUUCCACUACUACGAUCAGGGCCAAGGUCAGAACAGCUCAAUGCCCUUGACGGUGCCCAUUGAGAAGUUCCGGACCUUGUUGGACCAGAUGGGAUUCACUGAGACGGUCUUAGCCAUCACUGAGUACAACGCACCCUUCGAGCUGGGCAAUGAGACCAAAUUCGUGGGUUCGGUGAUGGGCGCGGCGGAGAACGCUGCCAAGCUGGUGCAGAUGGUGAACUGGGAUGUUCAAGCCUCCUUUAUCUACACAGGCCGCGAUGGAGCCUUUGAGCCUGGCAAUCCCUACAGUUUCCCCCUGGGUUGUCCCUACAACUGGACCUCCGACAACCCAGCGUGCCAGCCACAAGCGUCGCAAGUGUCAGAAUUUGUAAUGGAUGCGAUUGAAAGCCCUGAAGGCGUCUUUGUGAAGGGCGAUGAUGGUGGUAAGGCGGUGGCCUAUAUGAAAACCCAUGGAGUAACUGGCUUUGCUGGAUGCACGCCUCGUGAUGUCCUCAUGUGGAACCUCAACGGUUCCUAUUUGCCGCAGGGCACCUGGGACCAACGCUGCUCCCGGGCCAACCUGGGCGAGGUGACCAACCUUGGAGCGUGUGCCAAUAACAUGUGCUCCUUUGGGCCUAAAAUGUCUGGCAUGGGGAGCGCCUUCAGCAAUGGACGUCCAACGCCCAUGGGGGCCCUUUGGCGCUUGUUCCGCACCGCUGCCGGCGCUUGUGUGGUGCAGCCCUCCCAGAACGGUGCAAACCAGCUGGCUGCGGCACAGGUCUAUUCACUGGCCUGGAAGGUCAAAGGGAAGGACAUCGUGAAGCUGCUGCUGGUGAAUCCCCAGUGGACGAGCAGCAGUCCCAUCAAUCCUUCGACCUUUUUCCCCCGCAUGACCCUCUUGAAUGUCAAGGAGUUGGUGCAAUCGUACACAGGGGAGAACGCCAUUGACGUGAGUGUUUGGAAAGGGUACACUUCUCAGCGUCGCUUGUUAGGGGCUUCACAAUCUUUGGAAACGAAUAAUGGCGGCCUUACUCUCCAGCCCUUCCAGUCCUUGGUCUUCAACUUUCGCAUGUCAUGA